AUGUUGUUGCAACGGUCCAUUGUUUCGGGUCGUAAUGCAAUGAGCUCUGGGUUUUCGAUGAUGAUGAAUUUACGGGAAGCCCGAAAGUAUAAAUUAAAUUAUAAUUUAUUGAAUCAUGAUUGCAAUCAUAGAAAUGGUAACUGCAAGAUGAAUGAUUUACAAGUGAUCACUCAUUGGCUCAACCAAUCAUCCAGUAGAGAAAAUUAUCAUCAUACUUAUAGAAAUAAUUCUUCUAGUAAUAAUAAUGACCAAAAGAUGAAUACUGCUAAUCAAUCACUCAAUAAUUUAAAUAUCAAAUGGUGGAAGUGGGCACUUGCAGCAGGAGCGUUUUAUUUAACUUACGAACUAAUGUCUGAAGUGAUAUUUCCAAUAGUUGAAAGAGAAUCAACUCUUCACUUAUCAGUUGAACAAGAAGAUGAAGCUUAUCAUUGGUUAAUGUCAUAUUUUGCUCAACAUUCAUACACACAAAAUUGUAGACAUUUGUCUGUUCUUUCAGCUGAUAAUAGGGCUAUUUCAAAUGUAUUGGGAGGAUUAUUUGGAGUUUUCGGCGCACUGAUGGCUUCUCAAGGUGAGAAUGCUCCAUAUGAAGAUCGGCCAGUUCUGUAUGUUCCAGCACAUGGAGAACGACAUUUUUUCAUGUAUAAGGGAAAAUUGAUGUGGUUACUAAUUCAAAAAAGUGAACAAAAUGGUGACAAAAAUAAGCCUAUCAGAGAAUCUCUCAAAUUAACAAUCCUUUCAAGAGAUAAGAAAUUGCUGACUGACCUUGUUGAAGAAGCGAGAAAAUUAUUCAAGGAACACAAGAAAGACAAGACAGUCGUCUAUUCUCCAAGCUUGGAUUGUUACGAUUGGGAAGAAUUGACCAGAAAGCCAAAACGACCACUUAAUUCUUUAGUGCUUCAAGGAAAUAUAUUGGACGACAUCAUGUCAGAUGUAAAGUCAUUUGUUGAGGGUUCUUCGUUUUAUUACAACAGAGGAAUUCCGUACAGAAGAGGUAUUUUACUACAGGGCCCACCAGGAACGGGCAAGUCAAGUACUGUCUUGGCACUCGCUGGAGAGCUAGGAAUGGACAUUUAUAUUCUUAACGUUAGCAGUAAUCAAUUGAAUGACGAAAAAUUAUCCAGACUUCUUCAUAAGGUUCCUCAAAAUUCUAUCGUUCUCAUGGAGGACGUUGAUUCAUGUCAAUCCGCAGUUGACCAAACUUUGGAUCAUCCACUGAAACACGACAAUGAGAAUCAACACAUUUCAGUGAGUGGAUUAUUAAAUUCUAUUGAUGGACUUAGUGCUCAAGAAGGUCGAAUACUGUUCCUAACAACCAAUCAUCCUGAAAAAUUGAAUCCAGCCCUUGUUCGACCUGGAAGAGUUGAUAGAAAAUUUACUAUUGGCUAUGCUGAUCCAUCACAAGUUCGAAAGCUCUUUCAAAACUUUUAUCAGGACGAAAUGGGAUAUGAAGACAAGAUGGCACAACAAUUUUCUGAAAAAUUAACAAGUUUCACAAAGGAAAAUAUUACUCCAGCUCAACUUCAGGGAUACUUUAUGAAAUACAGAGGACAACCCCAGUAUGCAUUGCAAAAUAUUCAUGAGUUAUUCGAGAAGGAAUGA